GAGCAUCGCGACCUUUUGUUAUUGUCUAUGAGUGAAGAAGAAUUGGAGGAGACCGUAUUAGGGGGUAGCAGGCGAAGAAGGGAUAAGCUCAAGAAGUCUAUUCGUGAUGAGUAUUCGUCUGACUCGAGUGAUCUGGACCAGGAGCCGUCAAAAUCACCCCCAACACAAGACCAACAGGAUUCAGAUUCUGACAUGUUUGCCAGUGAAAAUGACGAGAAAGAUUCUGAAAAUCCGCCAACAAAGAAGCCCAAGUCCCCAAAGAAGAUGGAUAUGUCCAAAUUUGAGCUAGAGGUAGGCAUUGAUGGCAUACAUGAAGAGGAGGGUCUGGAGGCCGAUAUAGAAAUAGAAGCAUUUGACUUGAGACAAGAGGAGGAAGAAGGAUAUUUUGAUGACGAUGGAAAUUUUGUCCGGCACCAGGAGCUUGAGGAUGCACAAGACAUUGAUGACUGGGUAAAUGCCGACAAAGAACAAAUUCGAAAGGCCAAACAAGCUCAGGAAAAGCAUUUGGCGACCAAAACAUUAACAUCUAUAACCCAAACAACAGCUGAGUUAUUGGAGAACCUAAUAGGGGUCCUCGAGCCUGACGAGACGCCGAUGGAAGCAUUGGUUCGGUUAGCCCCGGCCAAAAGGCGCAGAGGUAAAAAGAACCAUAAUGAAACAAAUGAAGACAAACACAAGAAACAACUAAUCCUAAAAAAUCAGCGAUCGUACGAGAAGGCCAGAGAGGAGCUCAUGAGGCUCUACCGAAGAGAAACUGGUGAAGAUUUCAAGUUCAACAGAGGAAUUAAACGGCCCAUUGAUGAGGUGGAGCAAGAAGAUGACUUUGGUGAUAAAAUAUGGGAGUUCAAGUGGGACGACCUGGACGAGAUAAACGGGCCUUACUCGGAGUAUGAAAUGGGGUUCUGGAAAAACACCUAUUUUGAAAAUAAGGUGGUGGUUCGAAGAGUGGGAGAUAUGGACUUUGUCCAUGUUAGUGAGGUCGACUUCAGUGUUUAGUUGUACAGUGGAAUUGUUCUAUCUAUGGAAAUAUAAUGCUAAUGUUAUUUUAGGUAGUUAUGUAUAGGGAAGCCGAUAUCCUUCGAGAUGCUCAGGAUUUCUUCCCAGCUGAGAUUCGACUUCCAUCUGGUUUUUGGUUGCAAAAUGUCUCUGCUAAACUGUCUCACAAUGAGCCCUCGCGAUAAAAGAGAUGCCAUUUGACUGGGCAAGUCGAUGUUGGAAACCAACGAGAACUUGGCUAUUUCGUGCAGUCUUUCGGAUAUAUAGACUUCUGUUUUAUCUGCAAAUUCAGGAGAAUUCUCAUCCUUGUUGAAGGAUGCAGACUCGUUUCGGUAUAUUACCGUCAAGAUCCCAUAUAACCUCUCCAAAUCAAAGAAAUUGGGCUGGAGAAGCUUCACGUCGAUAUCCCUCUUUGUGAUCUCAUUGCCCUUCUUUGACAGGUAUACAAAUUUCGAGUACUUGGCACUGGUGAAAUAGUACAUAUCUAGUCUGGGGUCGAUAUGCGAUGCCAAAUAUGAAGCAAUCAAGAUGAACUUAGCAAGGUAAGUGAAAUCUGAAAGCGAGACUUUUGUUCCUGCUUGCUCUAAUUCAUCGGUUCUAUAGUCUAUCACCGCCGCGUUAAGUAUCGAAUCAUCCUGAAAUAUAGUCCUUUGUUCCCGAUACACCUUCAUGAACUCACUGGGUGAUAUCUGACGGGUUUUCACGGUUCUGAUAAAACUUUCCCAUUUUUUGUAAACAUAACUCAAUCAACAUGCUUAUGCUUGUCCCACAAUAUUCAUGAUACAGAUCCACUAUAACUUGGACAUAUGAGUGCCAAAAUUGAGUUCCUACGACACUAUUAUCAAGCUCUUCAUCACCAAAAAAACAGAAUUGGUUCUUUUGCAAUAUACUCACCAAUUGCUGGU